AUGAGUGAGGGUGGCUCCAGUGCUGCUGGUGAUGCUCUGCCCUCCGGCAGCGUCACAGAAUCCGCAUCCGAAACGGAAAAUCUUAGUCUUCUGCAGCUACAAGAGGUUUUCAAACAGAAACAAAUGGAUUUGAUGGCGCAUUUCGAACGUGCACAACAAGCACUAAACAUGCAGCAUCUUCAACAGUACUACCAGACCUUACAACAACAUGCCCAACAACAAGUCGCUAAUAAUGCUGCACAAGCGGGUCCAGAAAGGAUGGAUGAGGGAUUGUGUGAUGCGGCAGUUGCUCCUUUGGCACUCGCUUCUUCCAUGGGAAGUUUGCUGGGAUCCAGUCAGUCUCCAACCACAUCACGUGAGGCCCCUCCUCCUCAGAGAGUUCGAAGUGAACAUCGUAAUGCGUCUACGAACUCCUCAUCUCAGACAAUCUCUCAGCAUACUAAAGAUCGCUUGAAAAACAUGAUUGCUCAACGUAACCGGGAAGGCAGUCAGACGAAUUUGGCUGGAACACCACCUCAACAACACGCACCUAUGAGUCCACAAGUAAACGUGUCAUCACCACACUUCGAACCCUACCGGGUACCAGUCUCACUGCAUACAGCCCAAGCGGUCAGCUCACAACCGUCUUCCGAAUACCAACUCCGAAAGGUGAACAGCGAGCCGAAUUUGAAGAUGCGAAUCCGAGCUAAAUUACUCAGCAAAGGAUCGAGCCCCGUGCAGAAUCAGAACAACUUCAAUUUUACGCAUCCACAACUGAAGCGAAGCGAUAGCGAGACGUCUGGAAAUGGUGCUACUGCUGGUAGUUUGCCGAUGGAUGCUCUUUUGUCAAAUGCCGCCACAGCAUUCCCUCCUCAUCUCAUAAUGCCAUCACCGAGUUUGCCAAAUCUUGCUGCUCCGAACCUUGCACAAGCUCCACAGCUACCUAUUGACCUAGCUUCAUUAAUGGCGGCUGCUCAGCUGACGCCGUUCCUUAGCCUUCCAAGUCUGUUCAAGACACAUAUAGGCCUUGGAGGAGGUUUGCUGGAGGAAGAUGUUGCCGAUCGAGCAAAACUUGCUCCGGGUCUGGCUGCUCUUGGAACCCUAUCGCAACAGCUGCCGGUUUUUGGAAAUCCCUCGUUGCUCAAACAACAACUUAGAGAACUCGUACUUAGGAGGAAAAGUCUCGUACGCGAAGAGCCCGAAGAUGACGAUUCACUUUGUGCACAGCCGGUGCUUUCCCCUGGACAACUUCCAACUUCUCUAGGAUUGAGUGAUAUGUCAGGGGGAAAAGCUACAGGUCUCGCAUAUGACUCUAGCAUGGCUCGUCACGAGUGUGUCUGCGGCGAAAGUAGCUCUCAUGUUGAGCAUGGUGGAAGAGUGCAAAGCAUCUGGUCUCGGCUGUUAGAGCGGGGGCUUGUCCAAAAGUGUGAGAGAAUCGCAGCAAAGAAAGCAUCUCUGGAGCAACUUCGUAUGGUCCAUUCGCCUACUUACGUUACAUUUUUUGCUGUUUCACCGACUGCUUGCCUGAAAAUGGAAGCGUCACAGUUGCCUCUAAAAAGUUUUGUUCAGUUGCCUUGUGGUGGUAUUGGCAUUGAUUCUGAUACGUAUUUCAACGAUGCAACUACACAGACUGCUGCACGAGUUGCUGCUGGAUCCCUGAUUGAGUUAGCUUCUCAGGUGGCGGAGAACAGAUUGCGAAAUGGUUUUGCUUGUAUUCGGCCACCUGGACACCAUUCCGAGAGGGAUCAGGCAAUGGGAUUCUGCUUCUUCAAUAACGUGGCUAUCACCGCUCGCUACCUCCAGAAUAGAUACCCACAACAAUGUUCCCGAAUAGCGAUAAUUGACUGGGACGUACAUCAUGGGAACGGGACGCAAUUGUGUUUCGAAGAGGAUCCUAGUGUUCUGUACUUGUCACUUCAUCGUCACGACAACGGGAACUUCUUUCCGGGGACCGGCGCUGUCACGGAAGUUGGGCGAGGCGCUGGAAAGGGUUUCUCAGUGAAUGUGCCGUUCUCUGGAGGUGUUAUGAGGGACGCAGAUUACUUAGCUGCCUGGAGGGUAAUCGUGCAGCCGGUUCUGGAACAGUUCCAACCGACAUUCAUUCUUGUAUCAGCAGGUUUUGACGCAUGCUGCGGUCAUCCAAAUGCUCUUGGCGGGUAUAAAAUUUCGGCAGAAAUGUUUGGCUUUAUGACGCGUCAGCUAAUGGGUUUUGCUGGCGGACGGGUUGUCCUGGCUUUGGAAGGAGGCUAUGAUCUAGCAAGUAUUUCAGACGCUGCCGAACAGUGUGUUAAGGUUCUAUGUGGAGACGAUGAUAAAGCGGGUGUUUUGAAGAACGAAGCGCUUGAGGGUAUACCAUGUCUCAGUGCCCAAGAAACUAUUCAAAAAGUUAUUGCAAUUCAUAAAGGAUAUUGGCCGACUUUGACGGCUGAACAGGGAUUAUCCAUAAGUGAACUCCACUGGCAAACCGUUGGUAGACAGUUUCAGAAGCUCACUAUGGGAACAGUUUCAUAA